AGGUAGUAUUCAGCUGUCCAGACCGAAUCUGGUGCCACUCGGGACGUGUGCCUACACCCGCCGGGAGGCAGCCGUAAACCACGUCCCUAUGGCUAGUUUCAACUGACGUCAUGUCGCCGAUAUCAAAACAUGCAACUGAAGCAGGCUACGCUAACGUCUCGGCCAGAGCAACGCAUGAAGCCUCGAAACUGUGAGAAAUCACAAGUCUACGUGUUGCGUAAAGUAACAACGAGACCGAGGGGUCCUGAGAUGACGGAAGUAGAGCCAGUGUUGGACUUUGCCUCCUCGGGACGCUCGGGGAGGCGAAAUGCCCUGCCUGACAUCCUGGGCUCUCCAGCAGGCGUAAACCCUGGAGACUUGCCUCUUAAACUCGCUGAGCUGUCCCUUAAAGAUGGUCCGGGAGGGGCCCAGUCACCCACAGUGGAGGAGCCUCCAGCAUCGCCGGAGAGCUCAGAGGGGAAAGAGGGAUCGUAGGGACUUGUUUAUUUGCCUCCCCGGAGACCUGCAGAGACAACCUGAGAGACGGAAUGAGGAGCGAGAUCGAGGGCGACCUAUGGGAGAAAGUGUGAUGAUCUGUGGAGAGUCAGUCGGUUUUUGGAGCAGCUGAGCCACGGAGGGAGAGUGACGGACGACUCCCCAAGGACUGAAGCCGGGAGCUUAGGACCUUCUGGGACUCAGAGUCAGACGUCACUUAGUUAUGAACCACUGAGUGUGUGUGAGUUAUACACUCACUGUGGACACUACACUAAGAAUCAAAGGGACCAUGACAGAUUGUAUAUUGUACACUACUAUUUUUGUAUGAUUUAUUUAAAACUAAAGAAAAACCGGAGUUCAUAAGUCAAACUGUAAUAUGUACCAUAUCCUUCCAUUUCCUGCAGAUUUUUGUUUUAUAGUGAUGUGUGUCAUUUUACAUUGACAUUAGCAAGAUGGGGUUUUGAUAGCAGCUUGCUGUGGCUCAAAGCUCUUUAGGAAGCAAAAUGGUACAUUUGACAUAAGAAAACAGUAGAUUUAAGAAAACUGGGAACUCUUUGCUUUGCUCACUUAUGCUUUUACACUUAAUGUGUAUUAUCUACUAUAUGUUUUCCAAUUUGCAGUCGUUGUACAGUAUAUCUACGUUGUAAAUGUACAGUUUUUACCCCUCUUCCCCAGACUGUUGUGAUCCUAGCAACAACAACCAGGGAUUCGAUCCAUUUUUUUGUAGGAGUCCAUGUGGUGCAAGAUGAUAAUGUGGAAGAGCCGUCCAUAUCUUGAGACAUUCCUGUAGAGAAUAGUGUCCCACUGCCAACAACACUGCUUCGUUGUAAUACUGGAAAAAAAAUCUGUGAUGUCCUUUUGUUUUCUGCUCAAGGCUGCUUUUAGAAGUCUCAUUUUCCAAACCUCUGAAAAAGUGUCUAGUGGCAGUUCAACAACCAAAAAAGUGUGUCGUGUUCUUUCUCUGUGAAGUACUGUUAUUCACUCUUUUGGGCUACUGAUAUUUCCUCAGUUUUAAUAGGAGGUAUCAUAACACAUCUUUACUGCUUGAACUGUAAAUGAAAAAAGAAAAAACACUUUCCUAACAUUCUGCAAACCUGCUUUUGCAGAUCCUACAAUUCAUCAGGAGGGGCGCUGAGUUUUGCUUAAACUUCAGCAGGGCUUUUCUUUGCACCUCACAAGCGCUUCUUAUAGUGUCAAUGGCAUAUGCUCGCCGCCUGGCUACGGGAGCAAAGCAUCAAGCAACACCACCGCCACAAUGUGUUUCAAGUGCCGAAAAUGGCAGCACAUUCGCCUUCUGCCUCUCCAGAGUCUGUUCACACUCAUCAACACAUAAGUAGAGCUGCGACCAGGACCCAAGUCCAAGAGCAAGAAACACAGCGACAGUCCAUUUUGUCAGCUAUCAACUCACUGCUACUGUAUAUAUACUGUGUUGUAGUAUAAUCCAUGUGUCAUACAUGCUAUCUGUAUGAUUACCACAAAGAAAUAAUGUUCUGUAAUUGUUGCUAUUUGAAGAUCUGUUGCCGGUGGCUGUGUCUUUAUGUGGAUGUGUUUCACAAAUGCAACAAGAAGGCCUGGUGUGCUGCUGCCCGGCCUCUGUUUUGGAUGCUGUACACGAGUAGAAAUGAUGGUCAUGGUCUAUCUGAAGUAUGAUCAACGUUUUUUUGGGGUUGAUGAAACAGAGGUGUAUUUUGUAGUGUCCUGAUCUCUAAGUGGUGCAUAUACUGUAUUUUACUUGGCUGGAUUGAAUCCCUAAUGUUGAUUCUAUCUGGUGGUGAAAAUUGCCA